AUGGGCAAGCAGACAGUCACCAUGAAACUGGAAUUCUGCCCCUCCCCUCAACCCAACAAGACGGGUGUGCUGCUCUUGCCUGGCGGCGGUUAUGGCAACAUCACAAACGAAAAAGGUCUUGCCCCUGCCCAAUGGCUUAACGAGCGAGGCUACGAUGCCUGGGUCCUCUCUUACACUGUAUCGUGUACUGAACCCCCCGUGCCUAUCUACCCCAAGCCGCGGGACGAAGCCCUCGCCGCUAUUGUCGACAUCCGCUCCCAGAAACGCAUCACCACCCUCGGCAUCUGGGGCUGGUCGGCCGGCGGUCAUCUCGCCGCCAUCACCGCCACCAGGACAGAAGCUGAGCUCGACUUUGCCAUAUUGACGUACCCCGUCAUCACCUUGGAGCAUGGAAAUCUGGUGCACGACAUGUCGGCACAGAACGGCGUCUCCAAGUCUACACCGCCCACAUUCAUCUUACACACGGCCAACGAUGCUUUGGUAUCUGUACAGAACGCCUUGCUGUUUGCCGCCGCCAUGGCCGAGCACCAGCGGCCUUUUCAGCUUGUCGUCUUGCCGGAUGGUCCUCAUGGCAUUGGCUUGGCCUUGGAGGAUGAGAAACAUAGUUGGACUGACCAGCUCGAGAGGUGGUUGAAAGAAUUCGUCACGCCGGUGUAAAGUAACAUUGUAGUACCAUGUGGACUAUCUGUAUCUGGUUCAUAAACUUGGGGAAAUCUCCCGGUGUUUUUUGGUUAGCUGCUUUCAUAGAGUCGAUGGGAGUAUCAUGUGCAUAAGAAAACGAAACGAAAUAGGGGAAUAAAAAAUAGAUGUAGUAGAGCCUAAACUAGGGACGAAAUACGC